GAAGAACAAGAGAGAAGAAGAAGAAGAAUGGGGAACAGAAGGAGGUCGGAGUUGGGCAGUUUGAAGGUUUUUUUGUUGGUGACUGCUACUCUUGCAGCGGUGGCGAUUCAAAGCGCGGUCUCUGAGGAAGAAAGAGUGCAUCGAAACGCUUAUGUAUCAAUGAUGUAUAUGGGAACACCAAGGGAUUACGAGUUCUAUGUUGCGACUCGCGUGAUGCUCAGAUCUCUGGCAAAACUUCAGGUCGACGCCGAUCUUGUCGUCAUUGCCUCCCUCGACGUACCGAUCCGAUGGGUACAAGCUAUGGAAAAGGAAGAUGGAGUGAAAGUGAUGAGGGUAGAGAACCUGCAUAAUCCAUACCAGACGGAACGAAACUAUGACAGGUUUAAGUUGACGAUGAACAAGCUCUAUGCUUGGAGCCUGGUGAAGUAUGAUAGGGUGGUCAUGCUUGAUUCUGAUAAUCUCUUCCUCCAAAAGACUGAUGAACUCUUCCAGUGUGGCCAAUUCUGUGCUGUCUUCAUCAACCCCUGCAUCUUCCACACUGGCCUCUUUGUGUUACAGCCAUCAAUGGAAGUGUUCCAGCAAAUGAUUCAUGAGUUAGAGAUUGGACGUGAAAACCCAGAUGGUGCAGACCAGGGUUUCCUGGUUAGCUACUUCUCGGACUUGCUUGACCGGCCAAUGUUCCAUCCACCAUCAAAUGGAACCAAACUUGAGGGCACAUACAGACUUCCGCUGGGCUACCAGAUGGAUGCUUCAUAUUACUAUUUGAAACUCCGAUGGAGCAUACCCUGUGGUCCUAAUAGUGUCAUCACAUUCCCUAGCGUUCCGUGGUUAAAGCCAUGGUACUGGUGGGCGUGGCCAGUCCUACCUUUGGGUCUUCAAUGGCAUGAGCAACGCCGACAAACACUGGGGUACAGUGCCGAGGUUCCCAUGGUAUUGAUCCUAUCAGCAAUGUACCUAGCGGUAAUGGCACUGACCCGACUUGCACGGCCGAACCUAUCCAAGUUUUGCUACAGAAAACCAGACAAGAGUCUAUCCUUGCAAACGGGAUUCAAGAUGGUUGUCAUGUGGUCCAUCGUAGCUGCCUACACAAUCCCCUUCUUUGUCAUACCACGGACGGUGCACCCACUCGUAGGCUGGACAUUAUACUUGUUUGGCUCUUCAGCGCUUGCGUCGGUUGCAAUUAAUUCUUUCCAGUUGGCACCACUUGCUGUAUUAAUGCCUGGCCUAGAGAUUGCUGGUGCACUUAUUGUCAUGGCAUGCCCUUGGUACAAAGAUGGGGUUGUGCGAGCCCUUGCUGUGUUCGGAUAUGCUUUCUGUUGUGCUCCAAUCCUUUGGACAUCAUUAGCUAAAGUGAUGGCAAGUUUGCAGGUUUCACUUGAAAGGGAAUUUUCCUUGCCAUCUCAACAGCCAUCUGGGUUCAGCAAGUUGUAUUGAGCCACAAGCCCACAACUAACUCCGGAGGACCCUGCCUUCCUGAAGAAGAGAUCAGGUUGACCUCUCAGAGUUCCCAGACAGACUCUGAAAUUUCGGCCUUCCAACCUGUACAAGUGGCCAGAUUACAAUUUGACCAUGCACAAGCAGAGAACCAACAAAUGAUGCGGUGCAAAAGAAACGCGUAUUUUAUCUUUUGUAAAAAGAAACAGAAUUGAAAGGACAUUGUGUUCAAAGCCUAGCUGAGAUUGUUAGGCAUUUUCGGCCAGACACCGGCCCUAUGAGAUUGAGAAGUAAAAAAAACACAUUUCUGGGUGAUGAUCCCAUUUCUAUAAUAGCAUACAGAAUCAUAACUUGGCAUCAAUGUACU